AUCGCUCGCACGGGCAGUCACGUGCGCUGUAGUCACAGGGACACGUUCUGGGAAAAGCCUCUGAGGCGGUGCAACGGGGCAAAACAGCCUGCGGUUCCUGGCCCCACGCCUGUUCCACACGCUACUGCACAGAACAACACGGGACCGAGCCAGCACAGGAGGUGAUGCAAUCAGGUGUCAACACGGACGUGUGGGGCUGCUGCUGGCGUAACCUGUGACUGUUUGAGGUUUUAUUUACUGGGUUUUAGAGAGAAACAUGGAUUUGUUGUUCCACUUAUGGAUGUGUUCAUUGGUUGAUUCUUGUAUGUGCCCUGACCAGGGAUCGAACCCACAACCUUGGUGGAUGGGGAUGACGCUCUAACCAACUGAGCCACCCGGCCAGGGCGGCAUCCUGUGAGACAGAGCGAGCUUCUUGUGAUAAGUAGAGAGUAUAGUACACGUGAGGCAGCAGCCGCCACUUACGAUCGAGUACGACAAACUGUCCGUAUUGUGUGUGCUCGUCUGUCGACACCAGCAUCACCGCAGCGUGAAGCAGGCCUGUGCUGCCAGGUCAUGGCGGCUGUGAGGUCACUGGGUGACGGGGAUUUUUUAGCUCCAUUAGGACCUUAUGGUGCCGUGGGGUCACGGACCGAGACGUCCUCGGGGCGUGACUGUUAACAGAAGCUGAAGCCAGUGAAGCAGCAGCAGGGCCAGUGGGGGGGCGGGGGCAGGGGGCUCCCACGACAGCCGAUUCAGAACAUUCAGUAACUGAGCAGCUGGAGGCAGUGCUCUGGAUGGAACCCGGGAAAAGGGUCAGAAAGAAAAAGGGUAACUCCCUGCAGGUGACCAGAUUGUGGGUUUUUACACAUUUUUAUCUAUCCUUUAUUUCCUAAAUUUAUUUUUUUAUAAUUGUGAAAAGCUAUGGCUGUUAUUUCUAAGAAGUGCACCUUCUCAGGUCAUUGGGUGGGUCCAGAGAGCCACGCAGCCUGUCGUCGGGGCCCGGCUGCCCAGGCUCCCCCGGUGCCUCGUGGCAGGGCCCCGAGUGUGCACACCCCGGUCAGCGUCUGUCCCUAUGAAGCUGUUGCCCACCUGUGUACUGGGUGGGACGUGCUGCCAGGGUGCGAGGAAGGAGCUGGGCGGGGCCUGCUGGUGGCACUGGGCCUGGGCUCCAGUGUGUGGGGGCAGAGCAGCCUCUCCCAGGAGCCCGCACGGGCAGGGUGCGUGCGCUCCUCCCCAGGGGCCGGCCCCCUGCAAUCUGACUCCUCCGUGCCUUCCAGACGACGCCUUCAUCAACCCGCACCUGGCCAAGAUCUUCGAGCGGGUGCGGCAGAGCGCGGACUUCAUGCCCCUGAAGCAGAUGACGAAAACUCUCAACAAUGACCUGGGCCCCAACUGGAGGGACAAGCUGGAGUACUUCGAGGAGCGGCCCUUCGCAGCCGCCUCCAUCGGGCAGGUGCACCUGGCCCGCAUGAAGGACGGGCGGGAGGUGGCCAUGAAGAUCCAGUACCCUGGCGUGGCCCAGAGCAUCAACAGCGACGUCAACAACCUCAUGGCCGUGCUGAACAUGAGCAACGUGCUUCCGGAAGGCCUGUUCCCCGAGCACCUGAUCGACGUGCUGAGGCGGGAGCUGGCCCUUGAGUGCGACUACAAGCGAGAGGCCGCCUGUGCCAAGAAGUUCAGGGAGCUGCUGAAGGACCACCCCUUCUUCUACGUGCCCGAGGUCGUGGACGAGCUCUGCAGCCCCCACGUGCUGACCACAGAGCUCGUGUCUGGCUUCCCCCUCGACCAGGCGGAGGGGCUGAGCCAGGAGAUCCGGAACGAGAUCUGCCACCACAUCCUGGUCCUGUGCCUAAGGGAGCUGUUUGAGUUCCACUUCAUGCAGACAGACCCCAACUGGUCCAACUUCUUUUAUGAUCCUGAGCAGCACAAGGUGGCUCUCCUGGACUUUGGGGCAACUCGGGAAUUUGACAGAUCCUUCACUGACCUCUACAUCCAGAUCAUCAGGGCUGCCGCCGACCAGGACCGGGCUGUGCUGAAAAAGUCCAUCGAGAUGAAGUUCCUCACCGGCUACGAGGUCAAGGCCAUGGAAGAUGCCCACGUAGACGCCAUCCUCACGCUGGGGAAGGCCUUUGCCUCUCAGGAGCCCUUUGACUUUGGCACCCAGAGCACCACCGAGGAGAUCCACAACCUGAUUCCCAUCAUGCUGAAGCACCGGCUCAUCCCGCCCCCCGAGGAGACCUACUCGCUGCACAGGAAGAUGGGGGGCUCCUUCCUCAUCUGCUCCAAGCUGAAGGCCAAGAUCCCCUGCAAGGACAUGUUCGAGGAGGCCUACAGCGGCUACUGCAAGAGGCGGGACGGGCAGUAGCACUCGGCCACGGAACCAGCAGGAAGCUGGUGGGGGCGGCGCUCCAUUUAAACUCCUUGGCCCGCGGGGAGGGUGGCGGGCUCUGACCGGGACGCUGCUGGAGCCCCAUUGCCAGCGCUUAUCGGGGUUUUUAUGGCUAAGAGGGUGCGGAGUGAGGUGUGCACGAAUGAGAAUGAAACCCCAGCUCCUCUGUCAGAAUCUAACAGUUGUUUAUUGAGCCUCUGAAAUCCUCUAGAUAAAGAUAAAAAGGCAAUUUUAUUUCCUCUUAGUAACAGGGGUUUUACCUAAUGUGAGUGUUAACCAGAAGGCGAGAAUCCCCGCCACCAGGAAGAAGAUAGAGAACCCUUCGGCUGCUGUGGAACAUGAGUUAGAAGGUGUGCGCGUGUUUUCUGCCCUUUCCUCUCCAGCUUGUGAUCGGCGUCCGGAGUCGGACGGGAGCAGUGCCCACAAGUACUGUUUGCCCGAGUGAGGCCUGCUCUCUGGCUGGUUGCUGUACUGAGAGAACUGGAAGUUUCUGGAGAAUUGCUGCCUCCCAUGGGUAGGGUCAGGAGCAGCAGAGGGAGAGAGAGAGAGAGCUCUGGUCUCGUAGCGCGGGUAGACGACGGUGUGUGGGGGACCCUCCUUCCCCUCCGGGCCCAGGGCCCUGGUGGAGUGAUACGAACGUGCAGAUGUCACAUGGUUAGACCUGGGGUCCUCACAGGCUCUGUUAAUUUUUGUAAAAUUCUUGUAAUUGUCUGAUUUACUUGUUUCAAUAAAAGCAAAACAGCCCAA